UGGAUAUUUGCUUCCGGUACCUGAUUAUCAUUAUGCACGUGUGAAAACAAUACAGAUGUGACAUUGUAAGGCAUUGGAAAAGGACAGCAAAUAUUCAGACUUUUAAUUUAUAUCGCACAUUCAAAUGAUCAUCAUAGGAAAAAACAAAAUAUUGCAUUUUUAUGUUUGUUGCAGAACGUCACAAGAUGGCGGUCAUUGAACUCAAUCAGCUGUUGUCAGAAAUGCACACAGGUCAUAACAAACAACGGGAAGUAUCUAAACUUUAAUACAAUAAACAACAAGUUUAAAGCAGGUGCUCGUGGUCUUAAUGCGGUAAAGAUAAGAAUGAUUACGUUUAUACAAGUUGUCAGGACAUUACAACAGCUAAAUCACAACUUUGUCAUUGUAACUGUGCAAAAACUGGGUCAUCCAACCACAACAUAAAAACCAUUAGUGACUAGGAUCUAAUUAUAUAUUUCUGCACAUAUUAUUUUUGAAUCAUUGCAACAUCAAAAUUAUAGAAACAGACAUGGAAAACACAAGUGAAAAUCAAGAUACAAACAGAUUUUUUGUUGUUAUGUACCUGGGGUCCUCAAUUCUGGACAGAAGAUACCCACCACAGUAUGUGAUGCCCUGGGUGAUGGCAGAAGUCAAGAGAAGAAAGGAAUCCUUUAAAGAAGUGAAUCUGAGAGUUCUUCCGCAUAUUUUACAGGCUACAUUACUUAAUGAUGAAAGCAAGGAACCAAAAGUACUGUUCUCUCAUAAACUGAUUUGUUUGUCUAAAUUUGCCAAAACACAUCAGGACCCAAGAUGCUUUGCUUACUUAUCAAGGCCUAACCUGUACUGUGACUAUGAGUGUCAUGUAUUUUUGGCACAUACAGAAGAAAUGGUUCCAGAAUUGUUCAGUUGUAUUCAGGAAGAAACCAGAAGAGAUUUGUUUGAAGAUCUGGGAGAACAGAAAGUCUCAGAACCUGCUAAAGCUUUCUACGAAAUCAUGUACAUUGGGCGAGCUAAACUUAAGUGCAAAAAGAUCACUUGUGCUCACAUUGAUGAUCUUUACGGUAAACUGUUAAAGAAGGAAAUAGAUCGUAAAAAGAUGCUGGAAGAUAAAUUUGAACAACGAAGAAGGCACGGAAGUGGAAUGAGUACUAAAAGUUUACCAGCGACAUUAGAAGAAAAUGUUUCCGUUACAGAAAAUGAGCUACAGAAACAGUGUGAGACGAUGAAACCUCAUAACAUUUUCUCUGAGAGCCCUGCAAGUAGUGCCGACGAACUUUCUAGUCUGAGUGAUCAGCAAAGUUCUACAGAGAAUGUCCUGGACAAUUCUGGUCACUUCUCACUUGGACUUCCAUCUAGCAUUAGUGAACUGUCUGAUUCAGGAGAAUUAAUGAAGGAGGAUCCAAUCUUAAAUAAAACUCUGACAAAGACAGACAAUGAAAAUUCCUCUAAAGAUCUUCAUGUACAUUUCAAUGAGAACUGUGUCACAGCAGAGCAGGAAAACCCGAACCGAACAAUGCUGUUCAGAUUAGGGGCCAACGAGGUGUCUUUAAUUAGCUUGGACAAAAGGUCCAUCAUAUUAGACAAAAGGUUCAAAGAUAUUUCUUCUGUUUCACAGGGAAAAGACAAUGCAGAGGUGUUUGGUUUUAUUGCUAGAGAAAAUGGAAAUGUUUUUGUGUGCCAUGUGAUGAAAUGUCAUUCCUUCUCUGUAACAGACGAGAUCAUGUCUGUUCUGAGAUCAGCAUUCCAGUGUGCGUAUGAACAGACUCAUAAACAGAUCUGUAUAAUGUGUCCAUUACACCAGCUACAUAAGUUGUGUCAGGAACUGAACGGAUUAUCUAGUCACAAUGCAUAUGACCUCUUAGAGAAAAGACUUCACAAUCUACAGGAGAAAGAUGUCGCUGAUGUCCAUAACCUUGUACAGUUUGAGAACCCCCAGAGUUAUGAUGAGAUGGUAGAGAUACUAAUGAUUGGUCUGAGAAAGUUAUGUGAAGUUAAACAGAAGGAACAUACACAUUUAUCUGAUGCUAAUAAGUCAUCUGUUAAAGCUGAGUUUAACAUUAUUGAGAGUAAAGGGAAAGCAGCAUUGUCAUUUGACUCAAUCAAGAACAAAUGUAAGAAGAGUUUAACCACAUCCUUUGAAUCACUGAUAUUAAGGGGUAAGAAGAAGGAAGAAGGGGAGAGAACUAGACACAGAAGUGGUACAGCAGUCAGUGAAUAUAGCUGGGCAAGAUCGUUUGAUUCUUCAGCUGCCUCCACUCCAGACUGUUCACCAAUGCCCUCCCCUGCAACGAUGAGCUCCCAACAGUUCCACUACCCUAGUCCACCAGGCUCUCCUACAGAGGGGCGACCUCGUAGCCAGACAGUAGGAACAUUGGCAGAUACAGGUUUAUUGUCUAAGAAAUUCCAGGACAUAACCAACCUAGGAAAACCAAAAGAGAAAGAAUUGGAACUACAGGACCCACCAAAGAGAAGAAAUAGUGUGAACAGUCCUAUGAAACAAAUGUUUCUGCUUGUUGGUAAUAAUUUCAGUAAAAAGCCUACCCCCAUACCAGAUGAUAUCUUAGAUGAGUCAGAUGUUAACUACUCACCCAACAGACGAGGAUCCUUUAGAAAGACUAUAUUUAACAGUGUUGUCACCCCUUCAAGAACUCCACGUUCUGUCAAAGAAAGUCCAAAGGAAGAAGAACCCAAUGUAAAGAAAACACCAGAAGAAAUACGAGCUUUAUGGAAGAAAACAAUUCUUCAAACUAUGCUCCUUAUUAGGAUGGAGAAAGAAAAACAAGAUCUUAAAGCUCGACAGCACGAGGAAUUCCAACAGAAACCUGACUUAGAUUAUGAGGAGAUAACUCCGUGUCUUAAGGAAGUUACCUUACAAUGGGAAGAAAUGUUAACAGAAGAAGAUCGGGAUACAAGAUUUAGUCCUCAGGUUGUCCUAGACUGUGUUAAAAAAGGUGUACCUAAACUAUUACGUGGAGAGAUAUGGUAUCUAAUGGUUGAUCAACACAAGUUACAUUAUCCUUCCAAGAAUGACAUGUCUCCGUCCAGAGAAUAUCAAGAUCUGUUAAAAGAUCUGACUGAAUACCAACAUAAUAUACUCAUAGAUUUAGGAAGAACAUUUCCAGAACAUAAGUAUUUCUCCACACAAUUAGGUCCUGGUCAGUUGGCCCUAUACAACCUACUAAAGGCCUACAGUCUCCUAGAUAGACAAGUGGGCUACUGUCAGGGACUUAGUUUUAUAGCAGGGAUACUCCUCAUGCAUAUGGAAGAGCCUGCAGCAUUUGAAACUUUACGUCACAUGAUGUUUAACUUGGGUCUGAGAAAACAAUUCCAUCCAAGUAUGAUGCCUCUACAAAUACAACUGUAUCAGUUGACAAGACUUAUCCAUGACAACUACAGAGAUUUACAUGACCAUUUUGAGGAGCAUGAGAUAGCGCCAAACUUAUAUGCCACUCCAUGGUUUCUAACGCUGUUCGCUUCACAGUAUCCUCUGGGAUUUGUUGCCAGAGUUUUUGAUCUCAUAUUAAUGCAGGGUGCUGAGGUCAUUUUAAAGGUUGGCCUCUUGUUGCUGGGAAACCACAAAGAGUUAAUUUUACAGUGUAAUUCCUUCGAAUCAAUAGUAGAAUUUAUUAAGACAACAUUGCCUGAACUAGGUAUUAUACAGAUGGAAAGGAUUAUUAUACAGGUGUUUGAGUUAGAUAUUUCUAAGCAGCUUCAAGCUUAUGAAGUAGAAUACCACGUCCUGAGAGAGGAGAUGAUCUAUUCUCCUUCCUCGGGAGAUACAGAUAAAAUAAAGAAACUCGAAGACAUGAAUCAACGACUAAAACAACAAAACAACGAGCUCCUGGAGAGACUACAAAACAUGAACAGUCACCAACAUAGUCUGGAUAUCGUCAUACAUAACACACAGACCAGUGAAACUAAGUUAAAAUCACAUAUAAAAACAUUAGAAAUAGAAAGGAAAGCAUUGUUAAAUGCUAUUAUGAAACUAAGACAAUUAAUUCCUGAGGAACAGUUUCAGAAACUGGAUAUCUUAUUACCUCCCUUGUCACCUAGUAUACAAUCCUCCCCAAUUCAUCAGGCAAAAAAUUUACGAAUCGGUGGAAAUUCUAGAGCUCAUCAUCAUGUAUCUAGAAGUAAAAGUUCACCACUGGCACAUACACCUGAAUAGAAACGAUAAUAUAACACUGGAUUCAUCUUAUAAACAAUUAAACAAAAGAGAAAACAACAUUCCAUUUCUUUAAUAUUAAUAAAUUUUAAAUGUCGGGGCUGUUCCGUUAAAAUGAAUGUGGGAGGGUAGGAUUGGAAUUUUUAUUUUUAACCAUCAGUAGCUGGUCUUUCAGGAAUGUUGAAAGUCCCUCACCCUCUAGAUUAUCUUUUUGAUUUUUAAUAUAAAGAUAUGAUAUUCAUUUGCCAAAAUAUUAGUGCUUGAAGAUGUCUUUGGUCAGACCACAAUACUCACCCAAAUCAACCUAUUUGCUCUGUGCUUUGUAGUUAGGAAUUAUUUAUAAUUGAUUCAUGUAGUUGUGAUAGAAUGCCAAAAUGAAUUUUAAUUGAGAUUUUUAUGAUACAAUGCAAUAGUCUAUAUGUAAUGUUUCAUCAAAUGACAUGUUUAUUAUAGACAUGUGAUUUUUUAUGUGUGAAGUGAAGGUCAGUUUUAGUAUAAACUGUAUUUUUGAAUUAAGUUAUUAUAAUACUUUACUAUAAUAUUUAAGGUAGACCUUUAGUUUUUCCUUUUUCAUUUAAUUCUAGAAUACUUUUAUACAGUUCCCUUUAAUACAAAACCAAGAUUUCAUGGUUUGAUGAAUAUGUAAAUUGAGUCGAGAAUCCCUUUCGUUUAAAACAAUGGAAAUAGUAUUGUGCCAUACAAAAUAAAAAUCUGCUGAUAACCUAAUAAAAUCAAAACCUGCAAUGGACUUUAUACGGUUGUAAUGAAGUAAUACUUGUUAUCUUAUGUUAAUUGUAUUUUUAUUCUUUUUAAAAAGUCUUUAAAAUCCUGUCCAAUGAGAAACCAAUUAUUAUUUGAAUAUAUAUUCAAAAGAGGAAUUAUUGUAAAAAUAAUGUAUUAUAGAAUCAUUGUGACGAAUUGUAGGGUAGUUUAUCAAAUUGUUUUUUAAUAAAAGGAAAUAGGGUAAUUAGAAAGGAAACCAUUUAAUUUUUGCAUGCAUGAAACGAUUCUCAUUAAUAAUUGUAUGUAAAAAAUGUUAUACUUGGUGGAGAUGAUUCCAGCUUGUUGACAAAUUAUACCACACAUUUUGUGUAUUUACUUUUUCGGUAGAAGAAAAAAAUCAUUGUGUAUUUUUCUUACAUCUUGAAUGAAAUUACAGGGCCAAUAAGAAUUGGAACUUGAUCAGGAUUAUCAUUGAAUAGUCACUUUUCAUAGAAAUAUGUGAAUCAACUCAUUUCUGUUAUUUUAUUUUAUCUAUUUGUUUCCAGAACCUCUGAAAUGGAUUAUGGCUACAUUGAAUGGAAAGAAAUAUUGAACAAAUAAACUCUAGAUGUCUUUCUUUCUAAAUUAUAUGAUAAGAAGAUAAGUUGUGUUCUCCAAUGAGACAACUCUCAACCAGAGUCUAAAUGACACAUAAAAUAUUUCCAUAUUAACAAUCUGUCAUUCAUUGUGAUAUAUAUAUGAUAGUGAAUGAUCAGCUUCAGAUUUGACUUCUACAUGCACUUGCUAAGCCUUUAGCUUUGUUUGCUCACCUCAUACUAAUCAUGGCCCAGUCAUAAUUUUAUCGGUAUAGGCUUAUACCGUAUAGUGGUAUAUUUUCGCAGGUGCAAAUUUUGGUGUAUUUUGGCGGAUAAAACAAAAUCGCCAAAACAAAUUCUGCCAAAUUGAAACGGCACACACAAAGGUUUUGAUAAAAGUUUUGAAUCCACCAAAAUAUUUCGUAAACCUUAUUCAAUGAAAAUUGCGAAAUUUUACACCCACGAAAAUAACCUGCUAUACAGUAUACUGUCAUGUAAACCAUUUAUGUUUUUAUAUCAGUAUUCUAUUUUAAAUGUCACAAAUACAAAUAGUUAUUGGUAAAUAAUUUAAUUUUGGAUGUAACACAUCUUCUGAUUGGCUGAUGUUUUUUUGUUAUCAGCCCAUAGACAUAAUUUAGUCAUGUGACCGUGAAGUCAUCAAUGUUUUUUCAUGGUUUUCUUCGGUUUAAAAUGUAAUUUAGAAUUAAGAAAUGACUGUAAUAUUUUUUGCUGUCUAUUCGAAAUAACAUAAAAAUGUUAAAUAACCUGCUACACGCAUUAUUCAGUGUGCAUCACAUUUUUUAUGUUAUUUCUUCAUAGACAGAAAAAAUAUAUCAGUCAUUAUUGAAGGAUAAAAAUGUUUUAACAAUGAGAUUUUGAUAUGAGUUAUUUAUUGACUGUAAAUAAUCUAUUUUUAUUGAACAAAGGGUCUAUUACCUCAACUAUAUGUUUGUCUCAGAAAGAUCUCUUUCAGUUGUGAGAUUAUAUUUAUAUGUAGAACAUAUCAUUUUCAAAGAUCUUAAUAACGCAUCAGAAUCAGUAUUUUAUAUAAUGCAUAUAAAGUCGGGUAAGCCUUACAAAAUAUAUUAGCUUCUCAGACUAAUUGAAACAAUUUUUUAUUAGGAAGUGAGUGUUUUUAUCAAUGGUUUAGCUGAAACUACAUUGAAUGACACCAAAGACUUUGCCAACUUUGUGACAUGUUUUUCAAUAUAUUUGACAUCUAAUAACUUUUUACCAAAGUGUUGGUAAACAGUACUGAGAUCUGGAAUUAAGAGUUUAUAGAUUUGUAGAUUUAAAAGAAUCUCAGUGUAACCUCAUUAGAAUUGGUAGACACAACAGUGACUGGGAAGUUAAUAAUAUUUUGUAGGCCUUAAAGAUCUCCUCAUAAUCACAAUUUCAUUAAUUGUCAUGGUUUAAAUUUGUACCAACUACUUAAUCAUUCUUAUCAUAAUUGAUACUACAAUACAUCAUUUCCAUGAGAUUUUUGUUAGGAAUGAGACAUAUUACAGUGAAUGUUACAAAAUCAUGAUUGGUCAACCCCAAAACAAUCUGAUGAGUGCUGUGGAUUAAUUAUUUUUCAUGGAUUUUAUUGAUACAUGUACAAGUGAAGCAUAAAAUGAAAUGUUCAAUAAAUGAUAUAUUUUCUAUGGGAUUGUAUUCGAUUGUAUGGAAAUCAAAUAUCCACGAACAUGCAAGUUUUUCUCAAUCUACUAAAAUUGGUAUUCAUAAAAAUAUAAUUUUUAUAUGAAUCUUCAGUAUGUAAAUCUCAGAUCAAAUCACACAUAUUAUUGUAGGUUUAAUUAUUUGCUUUAUCUCAGGAAGAUCUCAUUUUCACAAUUAAAUUAUCAAGGGGCAUUUUAAGGUUUCUUUAUUGACUGCGAAUACCAAUGGUUGAAGUCAUAAAACUUUGCUCAGUGCUUAAUUGGAGCACAAAAAUCAUGCUCUAAACACCAAAUCCUGUAUUUUGAUUGGUUGAUUCUCGAGUCUGAGUACAAAAAUCAUGCUCUAAAAUUUUAUGACCGCAAGGCCAGGGGUGUCUUCUGAAUGGAAUAAAGUGUUUGCUUAUCCUUACAAUUUCAGUUAUUAGGUGGAAGGGCUUGACAAUUCAGUUAACUGUGCAUAAUAAUUGAAACAAAAUACAUGAUCAAACAUUAGACAAUAUAUAUUAUAUAUAUGUAGUAUCUUUUUUCAUGAUAAGUAUUUUGAGGAAUAUUUCAUCUUGGUUUCAUGUAUAUAAUAUUUUAGUUGUCUGGUAGUAACCUUAUAAUGAAGAAGCCAACCAUAUAGUGUCAAGUGAAGGCUUUUGCUGCAUUACAAUUAGUUGCUUUUCACCAAUUACAUUCAGCGCAAGCCUGCACUUUUUUUUUUCUCUAUGUUAUUUUAGGGAAAUUGAAUUUUAUUUAAGCUUUACAAAGCAUAUUUACAUACAUUUUCAAAUAUCAUGCAUUCAAAGUACUUUUAUUCCUUGAAGGAGGUCUUUAAAUGUACAUUCAUCAUUCAGAACAUGAUAUAUAUUUCCUUACUUUCAUGACAAUCUUAAUUAUCUCCAGGGUAAGAUUGUUAAAAGUAUGUCAAUAGAACUAGACAUUAGAUUACAAGUUGAUUAUUGCUAGUCAGUAAUAUGUUACAAUCAGAAGUGAAUAUUAAAGGGUAAUCAUUGUUUUAUACUACAAUACUGCAGCCUAAACUUGGUAUAUAUAAUUAUUAGUGGAUAGAAACCUAAACUUAAACUGCAUCACACACAAAAUGUGUUUGUUGGUUCCGUGCACAAGACAGAAACUUGAACUGAUACACUUAAAUAAUUUUCUUAUGUAUAAGUAUUUUUAUUACAAAUCAUUGCAUUAGAGCUGGGCUCUGUGACUAUAAUUAACCGUUUUAUUUAAAACAUGAUGACUAUAUAGUAUUAGAUAGUGCACAAUUUUGAAAUUAUUUGUUUAUAUUGUUUUUCUUUUGUUAUUGCUUAUUUUUUUCCUUAUAUUUGAUUUUUAAUUAUGUAUAGAAAAGUAUGAUGGAAGUAAUGAAUUGGUUUAUUUGUUGUCGAUAGCAAAAAUUGAAAUAAAUUAUAAAAUACAAA